GCAGCACCUGGUAUGCAUAAGCAUACAGGCAGCCUGCUGUAUCAACGAACUUCAUAUUUAGACGACGUAUUUCUUCAAAGGGCUGAACCCUUCCCCGUCGCGCCUAAAUCUUUUCAUCAAAAGCGAUUUGGUCGAGGCAUAAGACGGAAACAACACAGCGACUUCACUGUUUCUACCCGCACUCAGGAAGUAGCAGAGAGUUCCAAGAUUUGUCUACAUCAACGCCGAACUCAAAGUUGCUCCAACUAAACAGUGUUUCAACAAAAUUUCUUACCACAUACAUAAUACCCUUGCACCCCACAUCCCCCUCGAUACCUUGUCAUCUGACACCAUGUCAUUCUGUAAUACCUGCGGGGAGAUGUUUGAGGGUCCCGGCUCCUACUGCCUCUAUCAUGAUCCGUACUCCACCAAGCAUAGUUUUGGGUACAACAAGCUUGACUUCGAUGGGUUCCCCAGCAUCAAGUACCGUACGGGACAAGGAAGUCAUGGUCACAACCAUCAUCGCCACCAUCAGCAGCAACAUCAUCUUCAUCACCCACACACUCACCAUACAUCUCAUAAGCUCAAAGACUACGAUACGUAUGAUGUGCUUGGCAGAUACGAUAACUCCCUAGACUUGGUCGCGCCCAGCGACUCAGCACUGAUUCAAUACAACGAUCAGACUGCUCUCCAGCCAUUCAAUAAUUACAAUUACAACUAUCAAACCUCAAACAGUCAAAGCCAUCCCAUCCUCGCUGCCGCAGCAAGCACCUUUACUCGCCUCACUGCGAACUACUCAAUUAACCAUAUGAGUUUCUCCAUGGCACCAAACGGUACAAAGUCCGUCAAUGUUUCGGCAAACAAAGACCGUGAACAGUGUUCCACAUGCAAGAAAUGGUUCCCUGAUCACGAGAAACUGAGGAACCAUAUGUGGGAGCUGCCUUCCGGGUGUGAAGUGCACAAUAUGUGCUUCACCAGGGACGAGGAGAGUUUCCAUGGUACGAGAUGUCGACAUGAUAGAUGUUUCGUAAAGGGAUGCGGGAGCGUGUACAGAAAGGAAGGCGGGUGGAAGACUGGAGUGGUGGAAAAUCAUGUCAGGGAGUUUCACCUUUGAGGGUACGGGCUUAUGGUUUCCUUUUGAUUUUGUUCAGAUCCAUUCUACGUUAAGUUUCAUUCACGAUACGGUUGUGGUUACUCAGUUCGUUGAUUGUUCAUUUCAAGCGAAGGAGGUCAAUAUUGUCUAAAAUGUUUUGCCCAAAUCCGAUUUCUCUUACAGCCAAACGUUGGCCACGGUGGAUAUUUAAGACUAUCGUUCCAUAAAU